AUGUCCAGUCCGGCUAAAAAGCGCAAGCGCAAUGGUACUGAAUCAUCGCCACAGAAAACCCGUGGUAUUGAGUCGUUCUUUAAAGGACAGACAAAACAGCCACAGCUAGAUCCCGACGUCACAGAGCAGAACCUAUCCGAUGAAGCAUUGGCGCGGAAACUUCAGGCCGAAUGGGAUCAGGAAGAUAAUGCUAAAAUAUCUGCAAAUGAUAUCCAACCUAAAGAGCCCGAAUCAAGUGGAGCACCGUCAAUUCCGUUGAUACCUACAGAUACAACGCCGGUGACCCUGCCCAAAAAAAACACGCUAUCAUUGCAAUCGUCCUCGGGCACAGAAGACACUGUUUCCCUUACUGUACCAUUUGAUCAAACCCCUCAAACAUUUGAUGCAGGCAAAUAUGCAGCCGAGUUACGACCGCACUGGGCCUCCGAGGGCGGCGAUGCUACCUACGCGCUGCUAACAAGGGCCUUUGUCCUGGCAAACUCAACCACAAGCCGAAUUAAGAUCGUCGAUACCCUUGUCAACUUCCUUCGGGUUCUAAUAGAAGGCGAUCCAGAUAGUCUUCUUCCGGCUGUCUGGCUAGCAACCAAUUCCAUCUCACCACCAUACGAUGAGCUGGAGUUAGGAUUGGGCGGCUCCUCCAUCUCCAAGGCGCUAAAGAAGGUAUACGGUCUGAACAGUCAAGGCCUCAAGACGCUUUACGAUCGUCAUGGAGACGCGGGAGAUGUUGCUUUCGAAGCCAAGAAACGUCAAGCCUUCAAAUUGGUCAAACCAAAACCACUUAAGAUCAAAGGUGUAUACCAAUCACUCCUCAAAAUCGCUAAGAGUAAAGGGACUGGAAGUCAAGAGACAAAACAACGAAUUGUUGAGAAGUUAUUGCAGGAUGCACGCGGUGCCGAAGAGAGUCGGUAUAUCGUGCGUACUUUGGUCCAGAAUCUCCGAAUUGGAGCAGUGAAGACUACUAUGCUCAUUGCUCUGGCACGAGCAUUCCUCUAUUCGAAACCUGCUGGGGCGGAGUUCACCAUUCACCCUGAUCUCGCACGUCUGAAGAAAGAAGAACUCUCCGAAUUAUACACUAACGCCGAAGAGAUUGUCAAGGCGUCCUACGCUAGACACCCAGAUUACAAUGAUCUCGUCCCUUGUCUGCAGGAGAUUGGUGUGACUGAGGAACUGCUUCUCCGGUGUGGCCUGGUGCUGCAUAUUCCACUCCGACCGAUGCUAGGAAGUAUCACCCGCGAUCUCUCGGAGAUGUUGACCAAAUUGCAAGGACGAGAGUUCAGCUGUGAAUACAAGUACGAUGGGCAGCGAGCUCAAGUGCACUGCGAUGAACAGGGCAAAGUGUCUAUAUUUUCUCGACACCUGGAGCUUAUGACAGAGAAAUACCCCGACUUGGUAUCCCUCGUUCCCCAGAUACGGGGCGAGGGCGUCUCCAGUUUCAUUCUGGAGGGAGAGGUAGUCGCCGUGGACCGUGAAAAUGGCGACCUGCAGCCAUUUCAAACUCUUACCAAUCGAGCAAAGAAGAAUGUCGAGCUUGGAGCAAUCACCGUCAACGUCUAUCGCCCCUUUCGAGAACGCCGCGAACUACUCCGAAGUCUUUUUGUCGAAAUCCCCAAUCGAUUCACCUGGGUCAAGAGCCUAGAUGCCACCUCGGCAGACUCAGAAAGUAUUCUAGAAUUUUUCAAAGGCGCCACCGACGUCAAAUGCGAGGGAAUCAUGGUUAAAGUGCUCGACAAUGGUACUUCGAAUACCAAGCAAAUCAACAAACUCAACCCGGAAGCAGAACCUCCUUCAAUAGAACCAGAACCAACCCCCGACAGCAAAACUCCCCAAUCAAAACCCAAUGCCCGCCGCAAAGCCCUCCUAUCAACCUACGAACCUGACAAACGGCUCGAAUCCUGGCUAAAAGUCAAAAAAGACUACAGCGCCUCCUCCGAAACUCUCGACCUAAUCCCGAUCGCAGGCUGGCACGGCCAAGGCCGCAAAGCGAAAUGGUGGUCUCCAAUCCUCCUGGCAGUCCGCAAUCCCGAAUCUGGAGCUCUGGAAGCCGUCACAAAAUGCAUGUCGGGAUUCACCGACAAGUUCUAUCAGGCCAACAAAGAGAAAUACAGCGCCGGCAGUGCGAAUGUUAUCUCGAGACCUGCGUAUGUGGAUUAUUUCGGGACGCCGGAUGUAUGGUUUGAACCGCAGGAGGUUUGGGAGAUGGCGUUUGCGGAUAUCACGCUUAGUCCUACUUAUACGGCAGCGAUUGGGCUUGUCAGUGAGGAGCGAGGAUUAAGUUUGAGGUUUCCGCGGUUUCUGAAGGUCAGGGAGGAUAAGGGGAUUGAUGAGGCAACUACUUCGGAUUAUUUAGCGCUUUUGUGGAGAAAACAGGGGGAAAAGGCUGAGGUUGAAGAGAAUGGUGGGCCGGAUGAGGUGUUGGGUUGGACGGAGGAUUAA